GUUAAGAUGAAGGUUGUAAUUAUUUCAUCUUCAUUAUUGACCGGUACCAGGCCUUAAUCAAAUGUUCAUGUUACACUCCUGGUGUUGUGCCAUCCAUUUAUCUUUGAUAUCUUCAGUUUUUGAAAUUGAACCGAAGAUACUCGAUAUUUGAGUAUUAUAUCCGGAAUAGGAUCAAUGCAGUUUUAAGAGUGAUCACUUUCACUGUGCAAUGAAUGGAACAAGUAUUUUUGAUAAGCAUAUACGGUUUCUAUUCAUCGCUUACCGUUCUAAGAAUAAUCUCUUUGAAUAAUUGGAAUGAACUUUUCGCUAUCACGAAGUUCAACUACAAAAAAUCGUGCUUCGAUCUAAAUCUCAUCAUUUCAUAAUAACCCAAACACCGGGACCUUCUUAAUUUAUAAAAUUUGACAGCUACCAUAACGUUAGUUAUUAAUUAUAAUGAACCCAUGUUAGAACUAAGAAAUAGAAAGUUCAUUAUGAAUAUUACAAACUUUAAUAACAGUUAAUCGGUUUUAUUAUCAUUGGUAUCUAAUAUUUAGUAAAGAUAUAGGUAGGUAUUCAUUUAGCUGUACACGUUAUUAUUUAAUAUUACAUACUUAAAUAAGUUUAUCAAACUAUAUCGUAAAUGAAUUAAAUUUAUGUCACACCGUAAACGUUAAAAUUUAGAUCUCUCGUUAGAUCAAUUCCAAAGUCCAUUGUUUCCAUAGCAACUUAUCAAUAAUAUAGUGGUAUUAAAUAUCAAAUUGUAUUUAAAUGACAUUUGUCGUUCGACGUUUAUGCUAAGUUCGAAGGCUUCAAUUAUGAUUUUGAUAGAAACGACGAUCAUAUUGCUUGUUGAAAUGUGGCUCGCGGUCGCCGAAAAUUAUGGCACGUUUCUGCUGUCCGGUUCCAACCUCGAGUGGCCGUCGGUGGCCGAGGAGAGCAGCGACAUACUGUUCGGCCGGUACGAACCGCGCAAAAUUCUCGUGCACGGGUUCCAGAUGGACAACGAGCGCGCCUACGUGGCCAUGCCAAGGUUCAUGAAGACCGGCGUGCCAUGGUCGCUCGGGGUGUUUCGGUUGGAUGUGAUGGACUUCGAACCGGACAUCCGGCCGUAUCCCGAUUACAGUAAUUACGGGUCGUGCAGCGCCGGUCGCACCUCAACGUGUAUCGUCAACGUAGUCGACGUGUUCAUAGAAAACGGCGUUCUGUGGGCGUUAGACACGGGCACCAUCAACGUGCUGUGGAAGCCGUUGCGCCAGGGCCCGCCGCAGUUGAUCAGCGUCAAUCUGACCACGCACACUGUGAUCGGAUUCACUGACUUGUCGGCCAUCACGUGGCCGAACAGCGUCCUCGAGUACGUGGUGGCGGUACGCACGUCGUGCGGACAGCUGAAUGUGUACGUGUCGGACGUUGGCCGGCACAAGAUCAUCGUGUACGACGUGGACGCCGGCCGGUUGCACUCGAUUCAGCUGCCCGAGACCAUACCGGUGGACAGUCACCGACGCGCCGUUCUGCACCUUGUGCCCGUCGGCGUGGCCGGCCGUGGUUACGUGUACUUCACGUACCGACACAGCGGCUACAUGUUCGCGCUGGAUGCGUGGUCCCGCGAGAGCGUGACACACGGUGCUGUGUCCGAGGUUGGCGUCAAGCCGGUGGGCAUGCACGUGCUAGGCUCGGACAGGGGCACCAACGUCUACUUUCGGACGGCUGGCGACGGUAACGGCAACGACGUAUGGGCGUGGGACGUCAACCGGCCGCUGGAAGUGCGCAGCUUCGUCCUCGUCCACCGCAGCUACUUGUACUUGACACCGACCGCCGUAGUGGCCGGCUGGCGGAACGCGGUGUGGACGGUCGAGUCCAACUACUAUGAGUACACCUCCGGCAACGUAGACUGCACCGGUCCCAGGAGUCUGUUGCGGCCCCUGAAUGGCGGCGCGGCCGACGACACCAACGAGGUCUUGUAGAUUUUACGAUCUCGGCGAUAUUGAUUUGUUGUCCCGACUCUACUUUGGGUCGAUCGUAGCAAUUUAGUUUUUUAAGUUUAAUUUCAUGUCAUGGUCAUGAUGAUCAUUUUUUGCGUUCCCGAGUGGUGUGGAGAAAUUCAUCUUGUUUAUUCGUUUAUGAUGUCGGUGUGGUAAAAAACAGAAACUCUCGACAUCAAAGUUAUAAUAUUAUGCAUCGUGAACUAUCACUUUGAAAUUUUAAAGUUCGAUUAUUUGAUUCAA